GUGUUCUCUAAUCGACUGUACUCCAAGUCAUAAUCAAAUUCACAAAUGGAGGCUGUUCCGGCUUUUAUUCGGUCGCAUCACUGAUAUAUUGAACCUUGACACCUCAUACUAGUACAACCACCAUCGAUCAAGCUCAAGGCCUGUAACAAUGCUGCCCUUCAAGUUGCCAGACGAUCUACAUCUUACCACACCUAGGGCACCACUCACAACCGAGACCUUCGUUUCUGUCAUCCUUCCACCAGUCGUAUGUUACUUCGCCACAGCUUUUCUUGUCCUGCUGCCCCGAACGCAACCAGUUCGCAUUGUGUUAUGGCCCAUCACGGCGAUCUUCGCAUUUCGCUCUGCGACAUCGAUAGAUAUGUGCAUGGGGCAACCGAAACUUGCCUAUCUGAAUAUCGACCUGCAAUUGUCCAUGGUUUGUAUUGCAGCACGCACCUUUGAAUGGACGGUACAGGCAAAACCCUUCACUCGUGUGGUUCGCCGAUCGUCAACCGAUGUACCAAAGCGAAAUUUUGUGCUCGACGCACUUGAUUUGGCAUGCAGCCUUCGAGGUUAUGGCUGGGAUUGGUCGCAGGGACUGUACGUCCCGCCUGAGACACAUCCUACAUCCUCACGAUUGGCCUUUGUUACGUCGCUCCUAGCCUCUAGUCUAAAGCACUCGUUUAUUUGUGGCGCAAUUCACUCUGCUGUGCAAUCUUUCUCUCCAGAUACAUUUGGAUCUGUUAACGGUGGUUCCAUUUUCGACGACUCACUUCCCCCGCACCUCCGUUAUCUACGAUCAAGCAUCAUAGCAACGCUUUGCGCAUUCGGCAUCUAUUCAAUACUCCAAGCCGCUCACGAGCUCACCGUAGCUUUGUGCGUACUGCUAUUGAGGCAACAUCCAGACCAAUGCCCCCCCUCAUUCGACUCUCCCUGGCGCUCCACCUCUCUCAGAGAAUUCUGGAGCCGACGAUGGCACCAGUGGUUCCGUCGGAUAUUCAUUUUCUUCGGGGGAAACCCACUUUCUCUGCUCUUUGGGCGCGUCGGAGGCGUCAUAGGCACGUUCCUCGUCUCUGGGUUUUUCCACCACCUCGCACUACUCGCCAUCGACCCGUCCUCAGAGAUGUGGCGCAUGCUGCUGUCAUUUGGAAUGAUGGGCACUGGGGUGGUGAUCGAGCGUGUUGUUGCGGGGAAUAAGACAGGUGGUUGGAUGGGAUGGAUGUGGACGAUGUGCUGGCUGAUGUUGUGGGGGAAUGUGAUGGUGGAUGGGUGGGCAAGAGCUGGGAUGCUUGGGGGUUCGAGCGUUUUGGAUAGUGCAACGCCUGUGAGACAACCGAUUGAGCGGCUGGUGAGGUUGUUUGACGAGUAUCUGCACGCAUCUCAGCAGAAAACCUCUGGCAAAACGUUGCAGUAGGUCGACCGAAAUACAUAGUCGGUCCUGCGCGAAUUGUCUAACAAUCAUCUGUAUGCUCCUGCACGCUCUCCGUCGAAUGUAAGUUGCAUAACGCAACUCGAACAUUGACAUCAUGAUGGGCUCGAGGCCAAGGAAGUCAAAGGAAGUCAGCGCAGGGAUCUGCUCGAGGAGCUCUUGGUGGAAUGAUGAAUCUUGAAGUACCUCAAGCAUAGUUGCAUCUGUUACGCUGUCAAGACAGGCGCCGCGUCUCUGGGGCGUCAUACCGCUGCAUCGCGGUAGUGUGCAGUGGAAGACCAUGUGUCAGUUCGGGCCCCACUUAGGCCUAUCAGAUGUACGCUUCAUAAAAUACAAGG